CCAGAAUAGCAGCUCCAAGUUAUCUAAGCGCUAAAAUAUUUCUGCAACUGCAACAGAGAAUCUGCCUAUUAACUUCUACGAAGUCCAAUCGCCCAACAACGGUAAUAGCACUGACUACGACGACCUUCAAUCGCGCAACGACGAUAGUCGCAGUAAUUCCGUCGAGGUUCAGUAGCGCAACGAAGAACUGGAAAUCCUUCAACGAAAUGCAACAGUUAAAAAUCUCGAAGACAAGGGGCGCUAGGUUAUUUCUCGAAGUUUGUGAAAUGAGGAGAAUGAAGCUUCCAAGAUCCAAAGCAAAUAAGAAGUUGGAAUUCAUUGCAGAAGAAGGGGAAGAGAACAAUGAAGAGGGCAAAGAUGAAGAGGAGAACAAUGAUGAAGAUGAAGAGGGUAUAACAAUUUAUAUUAAAUCUGAAAUAAUAUGAUGACUAUUUUUGUUAAAAGUAAUGUAUAUGAGCUAAAAAGUAAUAGUAAUGCAUUUAUAAGUGUACUUGUGGAUUUCAUAACGUUUAGCCCGUAUAUACAUUUUGGUGUUAUAUUACACUUGUUGAGGACAAUCCUCACCUUCCCUCCGGAUCCGGGGGGAAUUGUUGAUUUUUCUCGAGAUCUGGUCUACGAAGAACAAAGAAAUUUGAACUAGAAGACGGGGAUUCUUGUUCUCGGGUUUUCUCGUCUCUAUUCAGUAAUAAGGAAGCUCGGAUUCUUGUUCUCGGAUUGGACAAUGCUGGAAAGACCACUAUUCCAGUUCGGCUUCAAAUGGGUGAAGUCGUUUCCAUUAUACCAACAAUUGGAUUUAAUGUUGAAAUAGUGCAGUACAAGAAUAUAAAGUUUAAAGUUUGGGAUCUAGGAGGACAGGUUAGUAUAUCAGACCAUACUGGAGAUGCUAUUUUCCAAAUACUCGGGCCAUAAUCUAUGUUGUUGAUUCAAGUGACACUGAUACGCUGGUUGUUGCUAAAGAGGAGUUUCAUGCCAUACUUGAGGAGGAUGAGUUAAAAGGUUCUUCCUGGUGCACUAGAUGAUGAUGCAGUGACCGAGUCCUUGGAGUUGCACAAGAUUAAGAGUCGACAAUGGGCAAUUUUUAAGACUUCUGCCAUCAAAGGAGAAGGCCUUUGAGGGAUUGGACUGGUUGAGUAACACCCUCAAGUCUGGAAGUAGCUAAAUUUUGUCUUAUGAGCCAAUGCAUUGAGGUACAAACAGCAGAAAGUGUCCUGGGGUACAAAACUAUAAAUGAUGAUAGAUAUAUGCCAUCCUCCAAUUGUUUAUGAUGUUAUUAUAGCUUCGUAGGUGAAGUGAAAUCAUGACUGUGGAAUGUAUUACUAUCAAUAUAUAUUUAUUUUUGACUGUGCAAAUGAGGGAUGGAUGAUUUUAUACAUUCACUAUGUAGGCUUUUUUCUUAAGAGGAUAUCUAAGACAACUUGUAAAGUUAUAA